AAGAUUUACGUGCAACUAAUCACAUUGAGUGAAGACGUGGCAAAAAUCUUGAGCCUAAUAUGCUAAAGAAAGUGCAUAUAAAAAGCUUGCUUCUUAGUGUCUUCAUCCCUUCAAGAACCUCGAUCUCUUCGAUCCAUUGCAUUAUUGAUGGCUACCUUGAGCUUCUUUGUUGGCAUCAUGGGUAAUAUAAUUUCUUUACUGCUUUUUGUUUCUCCAAUAAAGACCUUUUGGGGAGUGGUGAAGAAGAAAUCAACAGAGAAUUACAAAGGGAUUCCAUACAUAACCACACUGCUGAGCACAAGUUUAUGGACAUUCUAUGGACUUAUCAAGCCAGAUAUUCUUGUUGUAUCAGUGAAUGGAGUUGGAGCCAUCUUCCAAUUCAUUUAUGUCACACUCUUUCUCAUUUAUGCUCCUAAGGAUACGAAGGUUACGAUGGCAAAGUUAGUGGCCAUUUUGAAUGUUGGUUUUCUUGGAGUAGUAAUUGUGGUUGCUCUUCUAGCAAUUCAUGGAAAUCUGCGAAUUACCUUCGUUGGAAUUUUGUGUGCUGCAUUAACAAUUGGCAUGUAUGCAGCUCCAUUAUCAGCCAUGAGAAGAGUAAUAAAGACCAAGAGCGUGGAGUACAUGCCAUUUUUGCUCUCUUUUUUCCUGUUCCUCAAUGGAGGUGUUUGGUCAGCUUAUUCAGUGCUUGUCAAAGACUUCUACAUUGGAGUGCCUAAUGCAGUUGGUUUUGUAUUGGGGUCAGCUCAAUUGAUCCUAUAUUUAAUGUACAAGAACAAGACAGCAUCAGCCAAAACAAUGAAGGCGAUAGAAGAAGAUGGCUCGAUACAACUGGUGAAAGGAAGUGUCGAUAUACUUGUACACAGAGACAACGACGAUGAAGAUGACGGUGGUAUUGACGAGGGCAACUUGAAGAACAGAAGUCUCAGUAAGGGAAAGAGCCUGCCAAAGCCAUCGGAACUUAAUAGAGAACACAGCUUACAAAAGAUCACGAAGACACUCUCUCCGAGUAAUUAUGAGUUGCAAUAUUCAAGUUGGGCUAAUGAGGCUGGUAUUGAGAAUGGGAAACUUGAUAACCCUUGAUUGAUGCUUUGAGUUGGUCUAAAAAGAUCAAGACUACAUACAUGUACCUAGUUACCCUAGCACUUACUGUUUUUGGUCCUUACUUUACAAAAUGGGAAGGGAAGUAUCAAUAAUCAAGGAAAAGCAUAUGCCUUCCGAUAUGGUUCCUGCGGUGUCAUAAUCGGUAUGCUUUCCGAUGGUGCCAUAAGCAGUGCCUUUAGGGCAUCUUUCAAUGGAUGCAUAUAAUGUGGACUAUGAGCUAUCGUUAUGGCCUGCACAAUGCUUUUUCUUGAUAUAUCUUCACUUAUUUAGACCAUUUUAACUC